GCAAUGGUUUCUGGGAAAUGUCGUUUCAGGCAGGACACAAAGAAAUCCACUGUUGUGUUUAUUGAUGCGGUGGUGGUCGUUGGAUGGAGUAACUCUACAAAGAGCAACCGAUACAGAAACGACUCUUUAUUUUCUGUAUGAAAAAUAGCUUCAAUAUCGCUCUAGACAGUGUGAACCGGGGUAGACGAGUUGUGUUUGGUCCCCCGUACGGACGAGGGCAGCAGAAGACUGACUUUACCCCGCGGACGGUCAAACACGAGGAGCGAGCGAGGAGAGAAAGAACUGGAGACGCGGCGCGCACUCACGAACGCGCACUGACAUUAAAUCCGCUAGAUUAUUAAACCCGUCCCACACUAAAGAAAAGAUGACUGUUUUUACUGAUUUACCUUAUGUUUAUGUACGGACAAGCUGUAACCAUCUUCACCCUCAUGGAAACUAAGGAACUAUCCUGUGGAAUACAACUCUUUGAAGGACACAUCUUUUGCCUCUUGGUUGAAGAGGAGCCCCACAGGGUUGUCGGGCCAGGAGUUGGAACAACAACGAGCUUUCCGGACUACUUUGCAUUAAAUUUAAGUCUCUGGGGCGAGUUUUAGACGCAAGAAGACGGCUACGAUAGUUUUAGUAAUUAUUUAGGGGUUUACAGUGACCCAUGAUGUGCGAAAGUGCUAAUAUCUGGUCAUUCAGUGUCAAAGGCUAAGCUAGGUUGUGAUCCUAACUAUUAUGAGGGCAGCUCUGUGUUUACUUGGCAGAUAUUAAUAACUUAUGAGACACAUGUUACUCCGAAGACUUGUGCUAAAGUUAAGAAACUGAAACAGAGCUUUUCAUUUGAAAGUUGAAUCCCAAUAGUAACUUUAUGAUUGAAUGAAGCAGGAUUCAGGAUGUCAUUUUUCAAUUUUCGCAAAAUAUUUAAAUUGGGAGCCGAAAAGAAGAAGAAACAGUAUGAACACGUGCGCAGGGAUGAAAACCCAGAGGAAAUAUGGGACAUAAUCGGUGAAUUGGGAGAUGGAGCCUUUGGAAAAGUGUUCAAGGCUCAAAACAAACAGACAGGCAUCCUCGCUGCAGCCAAAGUUAUUGACACAAAGACAGAGGAGGAGUUGGAGGACUACAUGGUGGAGAUUGACAUCCUGGCCUCCUGCGACCACCAGAACAUUGUCAAAUUGCUCGACGCUUUCUAUUUUGAGGGCAAACUCUGGAUCCUCAUCGAGUUCUGUGCAGGAGGGGCUGUGGACGCAGUCAUGCUAGAACUGGAGAGACCCCUGACAGAGCCUCAGAUCAGGGUGGUGUGUAAGCAGACUCUGCUGGCCCUCGUCUACCUCCACGAUAACAACAUCAUCCACAGAGACUUGAAGGCCGGAAACAUUCUUCUAACGCUGAACGGUGACGUCAAGCUGGCUGACUUCGGUGUGUCUGCCAAAAACACCAAAACACUGCAGAGGAGAGAUUCUUUUAUUGGAACACCCUACUGGAUGGCUCCAGAGGUGGUGAUGUGCGAGACGUCAAAGGACCGCCCAUACGACUACAAGGCUGAUAUCUGGUCCCUCGGGGUCACCUUGAUCGAGUUGGCACAGAUUGAGCCACCCAAUCACGAGAUGAACCCCAUGAGGGUUUUGCUGAAAAUAGCGAAAGCAGACCCUCCCACCCUGAUGCAGCCGUCACGCUGGUCCCCAGAAUUCAGUGAUUUCUUGAGGCGGUGUCUUGACAAGCAUGUUGACAACAGAUGGAAUCCUAGACAGUUGCUACAGCAUUCGUUUGUAUCCAGUGUUUCAGACAGCAGGCCACUGAGAGAGCUCAUAGCUGAGGCCAAGGCUGAAGUCACAGAGGAGAUCGAAGAGCACAAAGAGGAAGAAGAGGAGGAAGACACAGAAGCACAUCGGGGUCACAAACGAGCCCCCUCUGAUGUCAGCGUUGCCAGCUCAGAGGACGAAAAGGUCCCCCUCUCUCCCUCCAUUCUGGAUUCAGUCCCUGAGAAGGCUGAGCCAAUUCUGCCGGUGCCCACGCCCACCUCGCUCCCUGUGGCCAACCAUGUGCUGGACACCAGCUUUGUGGAGGAGCCUGCUGCCCCUGCAGCCGGGAAAAACACUCCAGUUGAGGAUAGAAAGGAGGAACACAAAGCAGAAGCAGGAGUGGACGAUGCCUCCCCAGAAGCAGAGGUUGAAACAUGCGUACCUGCUGAGGAUAUGCAGAACCUGGAGAUAGCUGUUGAGGAUGAAAAGGAGGUUGACACAGCUGAGGUUCCCACCAGUCCACAGAGGACCACAGAGGCCACUCAGCCUCCACAGGAGGAAACGAUGGAUGUUGCAGCAGAGGAGGAGGACCCUUACAAAAAUCUAAAGAUGACAGUGACACUACCAGGACAGGAUAAAGCUGUCCUCAAAAAGGAAAAUGAGGGGGAGAAGACAAUCGUAGACAAAGUGAAGGAUGACAGAGAGAAAGACUCAGACUCAGGGAGCGGCUCUGUUGCAGAUAACAGCAGUGUGGACCUCAAUCUUUCCAUCUCAAGCUUUCUGUCCAAAACUAAAGAGCCUGGAUCUGUUUCCAUACAGGACACCCGGCGCCAGAAGAAGACGCUAAAGAAGACUCGUAAAUUCAUGGUGGACGGAGUGGAAGUUAGCGUGACGACAUCAAAGAUCAUCACUGACAACGACACCAAGAACGAGGAGAUGAGAUUCCUGAGGCGCCAGGAGCUGAGAGAGCUGCGUCUCCUGCAGAAGGAGGAGCAGAGGGCUCAGCAGCAGCUCAGCAACAAGCUGCAGCAGCAGAAAGAGCAGAUCUACAGGCGAUUCGAACAGGAGACCACUAGUAAGAAACGUCAGUAUGAUCAGGAGGUGGAGAACCUGGAGCGUCAGCAGAAGCAGACCAUUGAGAGACUGGAGCAGGAGCACACCAACCGGCUCAGGGACGAGGCCAAACGCAUCAAAGCUGAGCAGGACAAAGAGCUCUCCAAGUACCAGAACAUGCUCAAGAACCGCAAGAAAGAGGAGCAGGAGUUUCUUCAGAAACAACAGCAGGACCUCGACAGCGCCCUAAAGAAGAUCAUCCAGCAGCACAAACAUGAGCUUGCCACCAUCGAGAGGGACUGCCUCAACCACAAGCAGCAACUGCUUCGAGCACGAGAAGCUGCCAUGUGGGAGCUGGAAGAGCGCCAUCUGCAGGAGAAACACCAAUUGUUCAAACAGCAGCUCAAAGACCAGUACUUCAUGCAGAGACACCAGCUUCUGAAGAGACAUGAAAAGGAGAUGGAGCAGAUGCAGCGUUAUAACCAGCGUCUGAUCGAGGAGCUGAAGAACAAGCAGACACAAGAAAGAACCAGACUGCCCAAGAUCCAACGCAGUGAGGCCAAGACCCGCAUGGCCAUGUUCAAGAAGAGCCUUCGCAUCACCGGAGCGACCAUCAGCCUGGAGCAGGAGAGAGAAAGGGUUAAACAGUUCGCAGCCCAGGAAGAGAAGAGACAGAAGAACGAGAGGCUCCAUCAGCAGCAGAAACAUGAAAAUCAGAUGAGAGACCUGCAGCUGCAGUGUGACGUCAACGUCCGAGAGCUCCAGCAGCUGCAGAACGAGAAGUGUCACCUUCUGAUUGAGCAUGAGACCCAGAAGCUGAAGGAGUUGGACGAGGAGCACAGUCUGGAGCUGAAGGAGUGGAGGGAGAAACUACGACCCAGGAAGAAGGCCCUGGAGGAAGAGUUUGCCAGGAAGCUGCAGGAGCAGGAAGUUUUCUUCAAGAUGAGCGGAGAGUCGGAGUGCCUUAACCCCUCCACACAGAGCCGCAUCUCCAAGUUCUACCCCAUACCCAGCGUCCACUCCUCCGGUUUCUAGAAGAAACCCACCCACACAUACAUAGACACACACACACACACACACACACACACACACACACACACACACACACACACACACACACACAAAGUCUACAUGCAUACACCAAGCCACUUGGACAUGUGUACACACACCGACAGUAAGAACCGAGCCUGUGCUGCCUUGCCCUCAUCCUCUGGGGAGUGUGUAGAAAGCAUCGACUUUAGUCCUCUGUCUGCAGCUCUCUUUAUUCUGCUCUUUUUAACCUAUCAUAUCGUAUUUUUAUUGCCGUCAUUUGAAGGACAAUGGAGUAGGAUAUUUGCAGGUUCAGUGUUUCAGUCAUAACCUUAAAACUGUCCAAGCUCCUUUUAUUGAUUGAAGUGUUUUAUAAAGAAUCCAGUGCCUGUAGGAUUUGAUGUUUUUGGCUUUGCAGUCUAAGCAAUUUAUGAUUAUUUGCUGCUCAAUUUUUUCCUCUUACUUAGAUGUUUGCACUAAUGAAAAAAAAACAUUUUUAUACCACUAAAACAUGAUGUCGCAGAUUUAAUUUGAAUACAAGGGCAAACAUAUCAUUUAGAACUAACGCUAAAAUAGAAUGUAUUUCUGAUGGAGACAUUUUAACAACACUGAUGUUUGUAGAACAAAAUGAUACAGUAUAUUUUUUAUCAAGUACUACUCUGCGUUAGAGCGUUUAUUACCGGUCCGAUACAUGAUUUCAAAACAAGCUUUAGGAACUUCCUCCUUCAGAAAUGAUGCUGUUUUUCAGGGUUUCUCUACAGAAUGCCUUCCUGUCUCAAGCACAACACUUUAUUUUACUAUGAAGCUACAAGCAGAGGUGGAAAGCAUUGUUGAAGUCAAUAGAGGAGGUGUAGAAAAGGUGUUUACAUACAGAGAUAAAGGAUCACUGUUAACUAGACACUAAGGAAAUCACUGUGGUGGCAGGAACAAAGACUGUGGACAAGCAUUUAUGUACCUGUUGGUCUGGUUUUUAAUGUUGUAGGUAGGACCCAUUGACUGCAUAUUAAUAUGGACCUCCAUCUCCCCCUGUUGUAAGAAGUGAAGCCAAAAUAACAUUGUGGCUAAGGAAUGUGCAAAAGUGAUCUGGCUGUUGGAGCUGCUAGACUGACUUCACUGCUGACCAACACACCUUCAACUUCCUAAUCAAAUGGCAACAGUCUACAGCAGAACCGAUUCUUGUGUCCUUCUGAAGCAGAUACUCACGGUUAUGGGCAUUUUGAUCACUCUUGACCUAGCAAGAGGCAAAGAGGCAGAGUUGAAGUGGACCUUUAGCCUCCUGAGUAACAACUAUAACUCACCCACCUGCCAGUCAAGCAAUUAAGCAAAACCGUAAACAUAAUUUGUCCAAAACGAAUGAGCUAAAAAAAUGAAUCCCCUCCCCCGACACUGUGUAGAAAUAGAGAAUAGGUACUACUCAGACCCAAAGCUCUUUUUGUACCAGAAGGAUUUUAACAUGGUGUUAGUGGGGUCCACAAAGCUUUCGGAGCCAGCCUCAAGUGGACACUUGAGACACUGCAGUUUUUAGCACUUUGGCAUUGGCUUCAUUGUUCAGCACUAAAGGUUGCCACUUAAGUUUGACCCAUGUUCCAUUAGUUAGAAUGAGGAGGGGGCGCUUUAUGACCUGUACUGCAGACAGCCACCAGGAGGAGCUCCAAAAGUCUUGGCUUCACUUCGGGGAGCUGUUGUGCUGUCCAUCUUUCUACACAGCCUAUGGUAUGACCAAUGUAUUAUUAUCAAGAAAAAGUGUCAUGUAUUCAUAGGAGCGUUAUUCAGGGAUGAAUAAAGAAUGCAAUGUUUCAAUGUGUCCAUAAAUUGUAGAGGGUUAUCAAGCAUAGAUACGCUUGAGUAUUUCUGUAUAAAGUUAUCUGUAACACAUUCAUCUCUUUAAUAUUCUAUUCAUUUUAACUACCAGUAAUAGUUUACAUGCUAAAUGUGUGGCAGCGGUUCAUUUUCUGUUAGGUUUAAACCCCUAAACCACAGGGUGGCAGUGUUGUACUCUGUUUCCAGGUUUUUGAAUUGUCCACUAAAAUCUGACUGAGCACAAAGCUGAAGAAAACACAGAAAACACAGGCAGAGCUGUGAAGGACUCAAUGUACUGUUAUGCUUACAGUAUUGCAAUAUAUUGAAUCAUGACCCCUUUAUUGGUAUGAAUUGCAUGAACAGAUUCUAUCAGGCACACAGCUUUAAUUAAAAGCGGGAACUGUAUGAAAAAAGACUUUAGAGGCCUAAGUGUCAAAACUCUGCGCAAUUUGAAACUACACGUAUUUAAGUUAAAUCAAACAAAAUUAACUACAUUAAAAAUAUAUAUUUUUCAGCUGUGAUCUUUGUUAAGGUAUUUUGCUACAAGGUGUAUCAUGUCUAGGUCUGCUUUUUCUUAUUUUUAAUGAAAUGAUAAUACUGUUUUUACUGUCAUGCUAGCUUAUAGCCUUAAUACUUCAGAAAAGCUGUAUGGAUAUACUGUAUACUUGUUAUGACUGCCUUUAAAGACUUUAGUCAGACUAAAGGGUUAAUGCCAGCUCAUAAACUCAAUGUUCUGUUUAAUUACUGUUGCAGAAAUAUUGUAUCUGUAUGUCAACUGUUUAUGUACUGUUAUAUAAGAAGUGGACGUAGCCAUUGGUGGAGAAGCAGUUUGGGACCUUAAAUUUGGCAUAAAAAAACCUCUCA